UGUGAUGAUUUUGAGUGAGCAGCAGUCCAGCAAAUCCACAACACAACACAAGAUUACAACCUUGUACAGCUGUCUGUCUGAAACACGAACUCCCUCACUUCCUCCCUUCCUACAGAUCUGAUUCACUUUCUCAUUCUCUCAAUCCAACCCCUUACCUUAAAUCAGUUCCAUCACAACCCCUUCAAUUUAGGGUUUAAUUCUCCGGUGAUGGUGUUUUGGGAAGGGUACGUAAGCGAUGAAGUGAUGGGGACGUUUGCUCCAAUUGUAAUCUACUGGCUGUACGCUGGCCUUUUCCAGUUGCUUCCGCCGUUAGAUAACUAUCGGCUGCAUACGAGGAAAGAAGAAGAUGUGAAGAACUCUGUGCCCUUGAGUUCUGUUGUCAAAGGCGUCUUGCUUCAGCAGUUGGUUCAGGCUGUUGUUGCUCACCUCCUCUUUCUGGUGACAUCAGAGACAGGUUUGGUUGAGACGGAAGUCCAGCCACCCCUCCUCGUGCAGAUCAUCCAGAUCAUCAUUGCGAUGUUUGUGAUGGACACAUGGCAAUAUUUCGUGCAUCGUUACAUGCACGUAAACAAAUUUCUUUAUCGCCACAUUCAUUCACAACACCACAAACUGGUAGUUCCAUACGCAAUAGGGGCACUUUACAAUCACCCGCUCGAGGGUCUACUGUUAGACACAGUUGGUGGGGCCAUCUCUUUUCUAAUUUCAGGAAUGACUGCAAGAACCGCCGUUAUAUUCUUCUGUUUUGCUGUGGUAAAAACCGUUGAUGAUCAUUGUGGGCUUUGGCUACCGGGUAAUCUUUUUCAUAUGUUUUUCCAGAACAAUACCGCUUAUCAUGACAUCCAUCAUCAACUCCAUGGAUUGAAGUACAAUUUUUCACAGCCUUUUUUCCCAAUUUGGGACAAACUUCUGGGGACCCACAUGCCGUAUGAUCUUGUAAAACGACCCGAGGGAGGUUUCGAGGCAAGACUAUCGAAAGACUAAGUCAACUCUGUUCAUUACCCCAUUGUAUUAUCCAAUCGGUUGACCGGGGUAACUUGACAUUGUUCUUUAAUUUAUAUUUAUUUUAAGGGAAUUGUGAAUCACAAUCAAAUGAGUAUGCUAGUAAAGGUUCUCAAGUUCAAACUCUUUUGACUGUGUUUAGUAUUAUGAUUAUUCUUUCCCUUUUUUUUAUAAUUUAUGUUGCCUGGUUAGUCUAUGA